CACAAACCUUUAAAUUGGGACAAAGUAUUUUUCCUACCACAAGAAUCACUCUCACACCUUUCAACAAUCAAGAAUCAACACACAAUUUUCAAUUUUUUUCCAUUUCUCUCUCAAAAAUAGUUUUAGUUUCUCUCUCUACAUCUCAUUUUCUACAACAAACACCAAGAACGAUUUAUGAGCAGCUAGCUCCCUUUACAUGUUUGUUGUAUCUUUAAUUAUUAUUAUCAAUUUUUCUUCUCUUUCUCAACUACCCACAAAAAUUUGAUCAAAAAAAUUGAAUAUUAUUGAAUUUUAGUGGAAAAAAGCAAAAAGCAAAAGAGGAAGACAAUUCCCCUUUUUUCCCUGAAAAAUCUAGGGUAUUCAGUUCAAUUUUGGGUUUUUUGACUCAAUUUCAGAAUGUCGAGUUUGGAGGAACCCCUCAGGUUUUCAUCUGGUUCAUGUCGGCCACGAGGAGAGGAUUUGGGCAUGGGAGCUCGUUGGAUUGAAGGAAGCAGGUGCAGCACAUCCAACAGUUGCAGUGAGGAUACCGAAGAUUAUAUGGGAGAAGCUUUUCUAUGGGGGAGGAAAAGUAGGGAGUCCCAUGGUAACUCUUUCAGCUGGAGAAGCUUAAGCUUAGGUAGAAAUCAUAUGACUUAUGUAAAUCAUGACAAGUGCACUGGUGCCAAAAGGAGUAAGGUUACAAAUGGCAUACCAAAUUAUGUGAAGAUCGUGGAGGUUGGUCCGAGAGAUGGACUCCAAAAUGAGAAGAACAUGGUGCCUACUCAUGUAAAGGUUGAGUUGAUCCAUAGACUAGUUUCUGCUGGAUUAUCUGUUGUUGAGGCAACAAGUUUUGUCUCGCCCAAAUGGGUACCUCAGCUCUCAGAUGCGAAAGAUGUUAUGAAAGAAGUUUGCAAUGUGGAUGGUGCUCGUCUUCCUGUGUUGACCCCAAAUUUAAAAGGAUAUGAAGCAGCUAUAGCAGCUGGUGCUAAGGAAAUUGCUGUUUUUGCAUCCGCUUCAGAAUCCUUCUCAAAGUCGAAUAUAAACUGUAGCAUUGAUGAAAGUCUUGUUCGUUAUCGUGCUGUUGUCUCUGCUGCUAAAAAACUCUCAAUUCCAGUUCGUGGGUAUGUUUCAUGUGUUGUUGGUUGCCCGGUAGAAGGGCCGAUUCCUCCUGCAAAGGUGGCAUAUGUAGCCAAGGAACUGUAUGCCAUGGGCUGCUUCGAAAUCUCUCUAGGUGAUACUAUUGGCACCGGAACACCAGGUACUGUAAUUCCCAUGCUCGAAGCUGUAAUGGCUGUUGUUCCUGUUGAGAAGCUCGCUGUGCAUUUCCAUGAUACUUAUGGACAAUCUCUUCCAAACAUUUUGGUGUCUCUUCAGAUGGGAAUCAGUACACUCGAUUCCUCGGUAGCAGGACUUGGUGGAUGCCCAUAUGCAAAGGGAGCAUCAGGAAAUGUUGCAACAGAAGAUGUGGUAUACAUGCUUCAUGGACUCGGCAUCACCACUAAUGUAGACCUAGGCAAGCUGCUGUCUGCUGGCGAGUUCAUCUGCAAGCAUUUGGGUCGGGUUUCUGGUUCUAAAACUGCUAUCGCGUUGGGCCGAGCAACCUAUGAUACCUCUAAGAUGUGAACUUACAAGUUACAACUAUAUGAUAUGAAGAUCAAGUGAAACGAGGCGAUAACGAUAAUCUUGUUUCAUGUAUUUCUUAUUUUUGUAACAAGUUAUAUACAAACAAUUCUGCAAAUGCAGUUACUCUAAAAAUAUAUACCAUAUGUAGACCAUUGAGAAUUUGAGAUAUCUCCCACUUAACAAUAAUUGAAUGAUUAUGCAAAGUGUAUUUUGGCUA